AACUAGGAUGUAAGGUAGUGACGAACCCUUGUACUACUGGCGUUCUAUCAACUAACCAAGUGAGUGAUUGAUCUGCGAUGACUAUGGCUGCAAGGAGGGUACUUGCAUUUGCUUGUUCCACUUCAACCCCUUUUCUCAAACUCAAUCAAAACACAAACUUGAUCUAUGUCUCCGCAUUUUCUUCUUCUUCCACUUCUUCAGAGGAUGGUUGUGGGCCUUCUGGUGAUAAAUUUCAUAAAUGGCAUAAUGGGGGUGGCACUUUCCACGAGUCAGCUUGCAUUGACUCCACAGCAGUUGUAGAGGUUGGAGCCGUAGUUCAUUCAGAAUCUGUUGUUGGUCCAAAUGUACGUAUACGUUCUGGAACCAUUGUUGGCCCUUCUGUUUCAAUUGCUCAUUCAACAAUGAUAGGGUUUAAUGUCACACUUAGUAAUUGCUGUAUUGGUGAUUCAUGUGUAAUCCACAAUGGAGUUUGCAUUGGUCAAGAUGGAUUUGGAUUUUAUGUGGAUGGAGACGGUAAUAUGAUAAAGAAACCUCAGAUGUUGAAUGUACUAAUAGGGAAACAUGUGGAAAUUGGUGCAAAUACAUGCAUUGACAGGGGAAGCUGGCGAGAGACAGUUAUUGGGGACAAUUCGAAGAUAGACAAUUUAGUUCAGAUUGGCCAUAAUGUAGUUAUUGGGAAGAAUUGCUUGCUUUGUGGACAAGUUGGGAUUGCAGGUUCAGCAACCAUAGGAGAUUAUGUGACUAUGGGAGGAAGGGUAGCAGUGAAAGAUCAUGUAUCGAUUGUAUCAAAGGUUCGGCUCGCUGCAGCAAGUUGUGUAACUAAGGACAUCAAAGAGCCUGGGGACUAUGGUGGCUUUCCAGCUGUUUCAAUUCACCAAUGGCGGAGACAAGUUGCCAACAGAUGUCGGACUCCGGUGAGAAGGAAUCCUUAAAGCCAGCAAAAUAUAUUUUGAUAUGUAGUAAAUGGAGUUGAGUUAAAGCUAAAUUUUAGUUUCAUUGAACACACCAUUAAAUGAAUAAUUAUUACAAGAGAUUAAAAAAAGGCAUAAAUACUGAAUUCAUUGUUCCCUAUCCAAUGUACACAUAAACAAACUACGUUCUUGAGAAAAUCUUCUACUAGUACUAGAUGAAAGUAACUUUCU